GUACAUUAGAAAAAAACAAAACAAGAGCCUUCAAGUUUAAGAUGAAGAAGAAAUAGGAACCUAACUUUUAAUGUUGUUCAAGAACAAAAAGAGCAAAGCAGAAGCAUCACCAUGCCCACCUCUAUUGUGCCUCCAGAGGGAGAAGGGGCCUUUCAGAUCCGACUGCAAGAGCAUCUACAGAGGAUACAAAACGAGAUCCAUGAAAGCAAACGAACACCAUCGUCGUCAUCUACUGGAUUUUGCAGGCCGUUUGAUUAUGGAACAAGUGUGAAGUAGCAUCCCAAUCGCAAUGCCCCACGAACGAGUACUGCUCUAAUUAAUCUUGUUGCUAAUUGAUUUCGAUAAUGAGCAUCUUCUCUGCAACUUAUUUCUUUUCUAAUCUCAAAAACCUGAAGCCGCUGGAGACUGGGAGCCACCGGAGACGGUGUUUGGCGUGGACUUGGUGUAUGAGGAAGACGCAAUCGCGAAAUUCUGGCAAACUUUGCGUCCCGUACUCAAGGCGCGGCCAGCAGAAGUACGGAGUUUUAAUGUUUAUGAGGGACAACUACAAAGCGGGUAGUCCUUCUAGUCGCUUGAAAGAUCACUACAUCGUUGAAGAUGAGUAUCGAUAAGCAUAAGCACGACUCUGCUCACUGCCCUUAAAAACGAUUCCUUCAGCAUCCCUCUAAUCCCUUGACGACCUUCUUCCCGCAAAAGACCCUGUUCUUGAGGGUGAAGAUGAGGCUGCUGCAGAGGAGCCUUCUCCUGGGGACCAGGAUCCACCAGAAAGUGCCAAGUCUGGCGAGGAUUUGCCGCGAAAGCAUCCAUUACAACGGUUUGUCGAAGCCUCCAAAUUCUUCCAAACAUCCUGCGAUGACAAGCAUCCUCCAUGGGGACCGCUGCUGAGGCCGUUGAGUACAACGGUUUUUGCGCGAUUCUAUUUCUAAUUCUACAACCUCGUCGUGUGUUCGUGUUCUUGAAUCUGAGUCGUCCUGCUAAUGUAGUACUGUACCUUCAAAUGUUUGUUCUUUUUCUUGCAAGGUUAACAUCAACAUACCACGCACCAGACGACUGCGCGAAAGAAGCGAUGGUGGAUUUUCAUGCCUCAAAUUUGAAUUUCUGUCUACGAUCUGAGUUUUCACCAAAGAAGACCAACAUUGUUUGCUCUCUUCUCGCCUUCCUUCUGAAACUUUCGGUGCGUGGCAGAACAAGGAAUGGUAUUAAGUUCAUACUUAAAUAAUUCUCUUGAUGAAUCUUCGUUCAGUUGUGCGGCUUUGAAGUGGUGGUCCGUGGAGGUCGUGAUGCUCUUAGAAAAGCUGAAAUUAUCAUGAAUAACUGCGACAAAUUAUACCUCCAAAUAACAAAACAGAAAAAGCCCCCGCUGGCUGGCUUCCGGUACAGCAGGAAGUUUUUGUAGCGUUUCGGGAUGCAAUAUUGCUGCUCUACAGGGAAUCCGUGCUCACAGUAGGCGAGUCGCAGAAAGUGACGGACUACGCAUCAAGGACCUUUUUUACGCAUUACAGACUUUACCAAUACGUCUGUGCGCAUGCUGUGGAUAGAGUGGUAAUAUAGUUUGCUUUCGUGUUUUUCAGCUUUCAUUAAGAUGAACAAUAACGUGAUUGUUUUUCUUUUUCUCUUCCAAACAUAUUUUUUCCUAUUCGACUACGACUCUUCAUCUUCUGCUCCACCACAACAACUAGGUUGUUCGCGAUGAGGUAGCGUUAGAAUUUUUCUCCGAAAGGCACUUUCAUUCGACGUUGCAGGGAUGGACGAGGCUAGGAGACGAAGAAAAUGAUGAAGACAAAGUGAAUGCGAGUGAACAGGAGCAGGCGCCUGAUGAUUCGUCGGCACCACAUCAAGAAGGAUCAGGUGACCAGCACCAGACCCAGACACUAGAACAAGAUGGCACCAGCAGUGCUCCUCCUGCUGCUUUGAAAGAGCCUGUAGAUGUUCGAGAAUUAGGCUUAGAGCCACUUCACAAAGACCCUCUUGCUGAACACGUGCUGCAAGCAGAGCUUGCUGAGAUCCGAAGACGCUCAGACAAAAUGCUUGGCUUUAUCGAAUCGCAGGCUCCGCCGUGAUUUUCUUGAUGAGUGAGACAGAAAAAGCUACCUUUCAUUUGACGUCCUUUUAUUGUGAAAUUACUACCAUGCUACUUUCUGAUUCUAAUCUAAAUUAACAAAUAUUGUCCGUCACUGAAUAGAAACAGGCGCUUGUUGAACAGAUACACAACUUCUAACAAGAAGAAGUAGCUUAAUAAAUAGAGACCACGACAACUUUUACUUCAUCUUUCUCCACGACGACCACCAGGACGAGGACAUCUACGGAAGCACUUAUGUGAUUCUGUAAAGUUAAUAGAACAAGCUCACAUGUGGCAAGCAGAGCUGCUAUCUUCAAGGCAGGAUGGGAGAUCACGUGUGACGAUGACUCUCUACAACAAAUGUGUCUCUUUUCCUGGUGUCCUCAACUCUUUGAGGAAAAUUCAAACCGAUAUCCCUUCGAUGCAGUUCUUGAUAGAUAAGUAAUGAGAAAACGGAGCAGCUCCUUGCUAAUUGACAUACUGCUGGUUCUAAUUCGUAGUCGUACAGAAGAUAUCAAGUCAGCG